AAUCUAUAUUUCUGCAUACUUCAGUGCUUUCGGUUUUCGGCGUCAGGCAGGAGCAGUUAUUCUUUUCAAAGAUUUAAGAACUUAUAGACCGCUACAGAUGAUUAAUCGGGCGAAUUUUUGUAUUUUGCUUUUCCUGACAUGCUUGUCGCCAGUUAAGGCGGAAGAUUCAGACAAAGGUGGAUGGUGCUGGGGAGAGUAUGUCACUGCAGGCGUGAUAGGAGGUGUAGCAGCAAUGAUAGCAGCCCCUUUUCUCCUUCCAGCCGCAGGAUUCACCACUGCAGGUGUUGCUGCUGGAUCAGUGGCCGCUGGCAUUCAGUCAGCAGUAUAUGGGGGAACUGUGACUGCAGGAAGCGUAUUUGCAACCCUUCAAAGUGCAGGUGCUGCAGGCCUAGGAGUCACAACAUCUGCUGCUGUUGGUUCUUUUGGUGCAGGAUUGGCAACUUAUGUCAAGAAUAAGCUUGCUCCUUGUGAGCAAGAAUCAAAAUGUUCUUCAGACCAGGAGUAAUUUAGACAGACAAAUGCCUUGAAACAGCCAGGUCAGCCUAGAGGAGGACAUUAGGGUUUGCAGUAUUAAAAUCGACCCUUUUUCUUCACAUGGCAUUGCAGUGUUGUAGUAAUCUCAAACCUGACAGUGUAUGAUGUUUUUAAUUUCAAAUCAGUGAUUUUCAGUUAAACAAACCACUACU